GAACGUAAGGUGGACAGGGAGGUGCUGAAGAGGUUUCUGCGAUAUAGGCUUUGCCUCGAGGAGGCCGAGGUCAGAUUCUGAAGAGAUCUCGACGACUGAAGACAUCAUUGGUUGAAUACUUGUGGAAGGUCUCAAAGUCUCUUUAAAAUGGCAGGGUUCCUGGACAAUUUUUGCUGGCCGGAAUUUGAAUGUAUUGAUUGGGGAGAAAGCAGAAAUACCAUUGCAUCUAUAGUUGCUGGAGUGUUGUUCUUCACAGGUUGGUGGAUAAUCAUAGUUGCUGCAGUUGUUUACCCAACCAAUAAAGACAUGAACCAUGCUUUUCACACAUGUGGUGUUAUGUCAACUAUAGCUUUCUUCAUGAUUAAUGCUAUGUCUAAUGGGCAGGUCCAAGGUGAUGGAUACAGUGAAGGCUGUUUGGGAAGGACAGGUGCAAGAAUCUGGCUUUUCAUUGGCUUCAAGCUAAUGUUUGGAUCUCUCAUAGCUUCCAUGUGGAUCCUAUUUGGGACAUACGUUGUACCAAAGGCUAACGUUUAUCCAGGCCUGGCUGUUCUCCUUCAGAAUGCACUAAUAUUUUUUAGCAGCCUGAUCUAUAAAUUUGGGAGAACAGAGGAGCUUUGCGCAUAAAAGCUGUUCCAUUUCAGCACUGAGAUGACUCAGGAUGUUCUGCACUUAAACAGAACCUACAAAUACCCAUUGCUUUGUACUUUUUGGCCAAACAGUAAUUUAAAUAGUUUUAGUAAUAUCUACAAAACAAUUCUUGGAAAAACUCAUUGCAUUUUACCAACAUCUAAGCUUAGAAAUUCACACCCUU